AGUGAAUUGCUUUAGUCAUCGAUUUUGACUGAGUUUUCUUUUUCGGUUAAUUGUGGAAUUUCCCCACAAUAUUUGCUCGCAUUAUAAAUUACGUUUUCUUUCAUUUCCUUGUUUUGUCCUUGAGAGAGCAUUAUACAUCCUCUUCUACUAACCGGUACAUAUGGACGUUCAAAAAUUAUUUGAUGUUAAGGACAAGGUCGUUCUUGUUACUGGCGGAUCUCGCGGUAUCGGUGAAAUGAUAGCAACAGGCUUUGUUCAAGGUGGAGCUAAAGUUUACAUCAGUAGCCGUUCAGUAGACGCUUGUGAAAAGGUUGCUGCCAAAUUGACAGCUUUAGGCCCUGGUCAAUGUAUUGCGCUGCCUGCAGAUUUACAAAAGAUGGAAGAUGUAAAAAAACUCGUUAGCGAUUUGAGUAGUCGUGAAAAGUAUUUGGAUGUUUUGGUGAACAAUGCUGGUGCUACUUGGGGGGCACCUUUAGAUGAUUACCCUGAUGCUGCUUUUCAAAAGGUUAUGAAUUUAAACGUAACACGUAUUUUUAGCUUAACACAAGCUUGCCUUCCACUUUUGAGGGCAAAUGCUACAGCAGACAGUCCUGCUCGCGUAAUUAAUAUUGGUUCUAUCAACGGUGAAGCUCCUCCUGGAUUGGAAACAUAUGCUUAUUCUUCUUCAAAAGCUGCUGUUCACCAUUUAACCCGUCACUUGGCCGGUAGACUAGGCAGAGAACAUAUUCUUGUUAAUGCUAUUGCACCGGGUUCAUUUCCUUCAAAAAUGAUGGCCGCUACUCUCAAGAAUUUUGGCGAUGCUAUUGUCGCUGGCGUGCCUGUAGGUCGUGUAGGUACGCCUGAAGAUGUGGCUGGUACUUGUAUUUACCUAUCUUCCCGUGCAGGACAAUACACUGUAGGUGCAGUGAUUGUCGUUGAUGGUGGUGCUCUUGUGUCUUCUUCAAGACUAUAAAUAAAAAAUAUUAUAGGACUACAAUCCCAUAAAAGAGGAUUGUACUUGUCAACAAGAGUUGUAGAAUUUGUUCAUCCGUUAGAAUGGUGAUGCCUUUUUUGUGUUUAUUUUACUGUCAAGGGUAACCUACUAUUUUAUGUGAACAAAUUUAUACUUAUAAAGCAUAGUUGUUAGAAAAUGAUGAGCUUAUUCAAAAUAAAGAUUGAUCUCGAU